AAAAGAAAAAAAAAAAAGAAAUAAUUAAAGUCACAAGUUGUCAUGCGUCUAUCAUAAGUAGGUUACUAAUGAUAGAAGGGAAGUGCCCUCAUGACAGAGCUGCACUGUUGCUUUCUGUGUCCUUUACUCUGCGCAAACUCUUACCAAACAGUUAGUAAGUAAAACAGUUAGUAAGUAAAACAGUUAGUAAGUAAAACAGUUAGUAAGUAAAACAGUUAGUAAAGUCAACUUUAGUCGCGCAACUUUGUUACACAUGGAUUUAUCCGAGUCCUAAAUGAGUCUUUGCUAGAUCUGCAGUUCAAAUGAGUGGAGAGUGUAAAAUGCUUUAUUGCUGGGACCAGUGAGAAACCCACCAUGGCAGACAGGAGGACGGUCAACGUAGUCAUCUUAGGAGUGGGCUUUUUGUUCAUCUUUACAGCCUUCACCACUUGUGGGAACAUUGAACAAACUGUAGUGAAAAGCCUGCAGAAUGGUACCUUCUCUGGCAGUGGGUACCACAGUCUGGGAAUCAUCUAUGGGGUCUUUUCAUUCGCCAAUUUACUUGCCCCAUCAGUUGUUGCAGUGAUUGGGCCGAAGAUUACUAUGUUUCUGAGUGGCCUUCUGUACAGUGGGUACAUUGCUGUGUUCAUCGUCCCUUCAACAUGGUCCUUAUACUUGACCUCUGUGCUCAUCGGCAUUGGAGCAGCAAUGCUCUGGACAGCUCAAGGACACUUCCUGGUGGAAAACUCCGAGGCGUCCACCAUCAACAGGAACACGGGGAUGUUCUGGGCUCUCCUGCAGUGCAGCAUGCUAUUUGGGAAUCUUUAUGUUUACUUUGACUGGAAUGGACGGACAGAGAUAUCAGACAGCAGCAGGAAAAACAUUUUUCUGUCCCUGCUGGUCGCCUCCGUACUCGGCACACUCAGCUUCCUGGUGUUGAGAAAGAGCCAUGAUGAAGAGGAGAUGCUCUCUGAAGAGGAAGGGCAGUCGCUGCUCUCAACCCGCGUGAUGUACACGCACAGGGCAAACAUGGCCAUGCAGGAUGCCAAGUCAGAAUUCAAAACCAUCCUGCAGCUUCUGAAGACUAAAACUAUUCUGCUCCUGAGUCCCUGCAUGGCGUACAGCGGCCUGGAGCUGUCGUUCUACAGCGGAGUGUAUGGGACGUGUAUCGGAGCCACCACACAGUUUGGAGCUUCAGCUAAAGGCUUGAUCGGGAUCUCUGGGAUUGUGGUGGGCAUUGGAGAGAUUGUGGGUGGAGGCUUGUUUGGAUUGUUGUGCAAGAACAAUCGCUUCAGACGGACCUCCGUGGUGUUUCUGGGGAUGGUUGUCCACUUCGUUGCCGUCUAUUUGAUCUUCCUCAACAUCCCAGAUGAUGCAACUGUUGUCUUCAAUACCACCACCCAGAGUAAACCGUUUCUAGCUCCUAGUGUAUCCAUUGCCCUGCUGUGCAGCUUCUUGCUCGGACUAGGGGACAGUUGUUUCAACACUCAACUCUACAGCAUAUUAGGCUGUGUUUAUACUGAACACAGCACGCCUGCUUUUGCCAUCUUCAAAUUCAUCCAGUCUGUUUUCGCAGCGGUGGCGUUCUUCUACGGCGGGUACCUCCUGCUGAAGUGGCAGCUCCUGAUGAUGGUCAUCCUGGGCUUCACUGGAACGCUCUGCUUCUUCGCGGUGGAGCGGAUGCAGAGCUACUCUGUAGAUUUGCAGGAAUAUUAGAACCAAGACAUUUCUGUAUCAGCAUCGAUUGUUUUGUGGGAGGAACUUUAUAUUAACACACUUUAGGUCAUUUACAUUUGGAAUAACUCUCACACUCAAAAGAGUUUGAAUUAUUGCAACAAUUGAAACGUUUUAAGCUGCCUUAAGCAUAACAUGGUCUGUUCUAAUAACCCGACACUACAGUAUUGUCAUUAUUCAUUAACAUUAUUUUACCUGUUUGUCUUACUGUAGGAUUCUAAAUUAACCACUUACCUUAUCUUAUACUUAUUUGCAUUGCUUCCAGCUCAGGUUUGCUAUUAAAGGCAGUGUCUUAAUAGUGUCAUUUGAAAAUAUUUUAUGUGUCUAAAACUGUCAUUUUUAAAGCUGUUUAUAGUUUGACAGACUGAUUGACAGUUUGAUAAAAAAAGAUGAGAGAAAAUGAUGCAAUAUUGUUGAAGUCAUGUGCAGAGAAAUAUUAACUAAUUAAUGCCUGACAAUCAUUGUUCUUAACCUUUUUUUUUUUUGUAAAUCUAGCAUUUUGUCAAUGUUUUCUUUCCAUUUUGUGAAUCUUUGGUAAAUAAAGUUUGAUGCUUUUUCAGUGACUUAAAUGAACAUGCCGAGCAAAAGUAUUGAAUGUGUUAUGUAGCAUUUUGCAAUGAACUGUAAAGACGGUGUAUAUGCAAAACACAGUCAAGGCUUCUGAGAACAACUGAAAUAA